AUGAAGUCGUCGGACGUCGACCCGGAGCUGUUCACCGAGAGUUACUGCAAGGUCUGCAGCGCCCAGCUCAUCUCGGAGUCGCAGCGCGUGGCCCAUUACGAGAGUCGGAAACACGCCAGCAAGGUUCGCCUCUAUUACAUGCUUCAUCCUGUAGACGGAGGCUGCCCAGCUAAAAAGCUCCGGUCAGAAAACGGCAGUGACGGGGACUCGGUGGAUAAGAACAAAUGCUGCACGCUGUGUAACAUGUCCUUUACCUCGGCGGUGGUGGCCGAGUCGCAUUACCAAGGGAAGAUCCAUGCCAAAAGGUUAAAGCUGUUGCUGGGUGAGCAGCCGGCGUUGAAGGCCGCAGACCCCGUGCUGAGCCCCCUGAAGCAGGCGCACGGCGACAGCCCCGCGGCCGUGCCCUCGCCCCCGCAGCGCCGCGACUCGGACCGGUACUGCCAGCUGUGCGCAGCCUGGUUCAACAACCCCGUCAUGGCGCAGCAGCACUACGACGGCAAGAAGCACAAGAAGAACGCGGCCCGGGCCGACCUCCUGCAGCAGCUGGGGAAGACGCUGGACCUGGGCGAGCUGAGAGUACAGCAGAGUCAGGACGGCUGCAUGGGGACGCUGUCACCCAAAUUCUUUGUGUUUUCAG